AUGGAUCAACAGGCCCAACGCGGUCGCUCACCGUCUGCGGGGCAUCAACAGCCUCAUAUAAGACAACCCUCGCAUUCCCCAUCGCCGAAUCCGUUUCAGCCCACCGACGCAGGAAACAUUGGACUCGGCCUCGGCUUGGAUCAAUCAGCUACACAAGCCUUCUCCGGACCCGCCUCCGCCGACUUCAACACCUUCAACAACAAUAACAACUUCCUGAACGGCCAGCAGAACGGCCAGUCAUUCAACCAGUCCGCCGCCUUCGCGAACCAGAGCUCGGCCGGCUUCCUCGACCCCAACUUCGCCUCCGGCGACUUUCCUCUCUUCCCCUCCAACACUACUCAGGGCGAGCAGCAGUACAACACCGGAGUCUUCGACCAGAGCAGCCUCAACCCAGGCGACAUGAACAUGGCCAUGCCUCAGAGCCACCACUCGCCGACCCCUCCCCACCUGCUCAACCCCGACCCCCACCAGACACCCUCCGCGCACCAGUCUCCGGCCUUCAACCAACACCAGUUCUCGUCGCCCCCUUCCGGUCACUCGAGAAACGCCUCACUCGGGCCCGAGGCCGCUCUGCUGCCGAACCAGCUGAACGAAUGGAGUCAACCCCAGUUUCAGGGCCACCGGAGGUCUCCGUCCGAGUACUCGGACGUCUCUUCCGCCGCCCCGUCGCCUAACCUCGUGAGCGCCGACAGCUUCGAGGCGGUCGACCAGCGCCAUUCGCCCAUGCAGCGCCCGCAAGACUCUGGUCUUUACCAGCAGAUUCAGGGCUUCGACAGCUUCACAAUUUCGGACCCGGCGCUUAGCAGCCCCAACCUACAUGGCCGGAGCCCCUCCCACAGUCCGGCCAUCUCCCCGCGCAUCCUCCCCCAGACGAUGCCCGAGCUCAACCAACCGACCAACUUUGGCCUCGCUGCCCAAAAUGCCGGAUAUGCUGCCGGCUACGCGGGCCAGGAGGCUUUUCCGACACUGCAGCAACAUGAGAUGCCCCAGGUUGCGCCAGCUAUCAACAUCGAGUUUGCGCCUACUUCAAGAUCGAACAACUUCGAGACCCCCAAGCCUCCCAUGGAUCAAGAUUCCUUGACUCCUCCUGACCGAGGCCGUCCCCGAUCCCGUCCACGCGCGGUUACGGACCCUUUCAACAGCGGCGGCCCCGGCAUGGUUCGCCAGACUCCUUCAGGCAGCUUGUCCCCUCACCUGGGUGUCGAUCUGUCGAGAGACUCCUCGCGAUCACUCUCACCGCUCGACCGACAGGCCACGAGUCCCAAUCGCAGAAGACAGUCGACAUCGGCGGUGCCCAAUAACGUCAUUGCGUUGAGACUGGCAGACCCCGAAUACCAAAACUCCCAGGAUAACGGCAACGCGAAACGUGUGCAGAAGCAUCCUGCCACCUUCCAGUGCACGCUGUGCCCGAAACGAUUCACGAGAGCUUACAACUUGCGAUCCCAUCUGCGCACACACACAGACGAACGUCCAUUCGUAUGUACAGUUUGCGGCAAGGCGUUUGCUCGGCAGCAUGACAGAAAGAGACACGAGGGGCUGCACUCGGGAGAGAAGAAGUUUGUCUGCAAGGGCGAUCUGAAGGCUGGUGGCCAGUGGGGCUGCGGCCGUAGAUUUGCGCGUGCGGAUGCGCUUGGCAGACAUUUCCGUUCUGAAGCAGGUCGGAUCUGCAUCAAACCCUUGCUGGACGAAGAAAUGCUUGACAGACAACGUGCUUGGCAAGAACAGCGGAUGCAACAGCAAAACAUGCAAAAUAUGGCCGCCCAAGGUGCCAUGAUGGAGCCGGGCUACCCUAUGGAUACCAGCGGCCAGUACAUGCUGCCUGCCGCACUGCUCGCACAGUACCCAGCACUCGCGCAAAUGAACUGGUCUGCGCCGGACGCAAGCAGCGGCCUGGAAGACGACAUUUCAGGCCGUUCAUCGUUCGAAGCUAGCGACUACGAAGGUGACGAUGGCGGUUAUGUCAGCGGACCCGGCACAGGGUUUGGCGAGGGUGGCAUGAGCCAAGGGUUCGGCGAAGUUGGUUACGCCAGCGACUACGGCGGUCGGUAG